AUGGGCGUCCCUUCAUCCGAGUCAACAGCUUCAUCUUGGCGGAGCGAGAACCUUCACUCUGAGCUCCACAGGCGAACUGUGCUAUCUCAGGCCGCGUCAAGCCAUCCCAGCGACCCAAGUGUACGUACACCCCGGCGAGGUGUACGGACACCUCACUCGGGUUUACAAGGAAGUGACCAGGAUGAGAGACCUGGCAAUUUUUGCCGCCGACACGCCUCACUUCGGGAGAGUGCCUUUGCACUCCACGAUGGCGGGGGCUCGCGGCUGCAUGCCGGCGUCGAGGUGCCCCGCCGGGGUGUACGUACACCUCAAUGUCUCGAGGACCGGCUUCCGCAGAGAGGCGUCGGCGCACCGGCCAGGAACGGCGCGCGGCACGUGACGGAGAAUUCGUCCAAGACUCUUCUAGGCCACCGGCAGCAGUUUGGUGGGUCAGCUCCGCCUUGCCUCUCGCCGUUCUAUGAAUCCUCAGAGACGCUCGGCGGAAGCUUAGGCUGGGGCGGCGCACCGGGAAACGCCAGCGGCGGAAUCCAGCGAAGCAAGGAGAGCGCCGUCGGCCUCCGGAACUCCAUGGAGGAAGCGAGAGAGUGGCGGAGCCGCGAAACCGGCGAGAGACGCGCUGUGGAGCAGAAAGAAAGGCUCCGGGAGGCUCCACAGCCAGCGCCUCCACCCUGUUCCUCCGCAGGUUUGCCGUCUGCUUCCUCUUCCUCGUCUGUCUCUCCCUGUCCUUCCGCUUCGUCGCUGAAGGCGGCGGCGCAGCGUGCAGCAACGCUUCGGUAUCUUCCGUCGGCUCUGCUGCGCGAGAUUUCUGAGUCGAUUUCUCGCGAUCCCCUUCUGGCGAAAGUGGCGGACCGCGGGGAGGAGGACACGUACCUUUCUCUUCGCUUCUUUGUGUGCCGGGAGCGAGGCCUCCCCGGAGAUCGCGCGUGUGAAGGAGAGAGCGUCGGUCCCGAACCCGAGAGCGGUCACGCGCCCGACGACGCGCGAACCGAGCGACGAAAAGGAAGGGGAAGAGAAGCAGACGAAGAGGACGCACCUGCCAGGCAGACGGCCAGCGAGGACGGCGGAGCGCCCGCGGGGUGUGGUGGAGAAGGCGCAGAGCCCCGGGAGGAGCAGGUCGGCACUGAGGCCUCACCCGCUGCUGGCGGAAGCUCGCGAGACGGAACGGGCGCGCAUGCAGGUGAGGCGAUAUCCGGCCAGAGCGAGGGAUCGCAGUCGAUUCUCAGCGCGAGCAAAGACCUAGUUUUUGUUUGGUACCGGCGCCGAGGCACGGCCAUGCGCCUCUGCAUCCCUCGGCUGCCUGGACUGCUCUGGAAGGUCGUUUCCUUCUUCUUCUCUCUCUCGCCGUCGCCUUCUGUCGCGGUGCCGUCAAUCCCGCUCGCCUCGUCGCAAGAGGCGGGCAACGCGCCAGAGCGAGGCGGCGCCGUCUCGCCAGUCAGCGCGGACCUCGACGAGGAAGACGAGGGAGAAGAUGCGCGAGGCGAUCGGUGCCGCAGGCAGCCGUCCUGUUUUGCGUGGACACAACACGAGCUCGGAGCACGCGCCGACUCUCGGCCGUCUCCAGAGAAACCCACAGACGGGCUGGAGGGCCGUGGCCGAGCGCCGAGCAGCGACGGCAGGCGGGCAAGCGGGAGAGCGUCUCCCGACUCCGAGACGAAACGAUGGGGCUGGAGGGAAACAACCGACCGCCGAGAGGACUCCGCAGACGAGAAGAAAACCCUGCUAAAGUCGGUUGCCACCUACGUCUACUGGCCAGGCAUGCAGUCGUUCUUCGACACUUUUGAGAAACCUGUCUCGUCUUCUCCCUCGUUUUCCUCCUCUUCCUCGUUUGCUUCCUCUUCUUCGUUCUCCUCCUCUUCUUCCUCGUCUGCGUGUUCGGCUACUUCGCGCUCAGUGCCUGCGCGUCUAGCCGCCUCACCCAAGGCCGGCGAGGGACCGAGACGGCCUGACGGCGAGCGAAGACAACGCGACCGCGCUCCUGCUUUUUCAGCUGCCUCGGAUCUCGCGAAGGCCUGUCGGGGCCUCGCGACUUCGCAGCGCGUCCCGCGUUCUCCCGCAGCAGCUGCUUCGACCUUCACUUGCCGAAUCGAGGACCCGACUGUGCUUCAUGCGCUGGCGACGCUCGAGCGCGGGGCGUGCCUGGAUGGCCUUCGAAUGGUCAAGCGCAGCGGAGAAGACGAAACGGAAGACACGUUUUGUCUUGUGUGGACGCCCACCGAGUCGCCGCAAGGCUCCACUCUUGAGCCCGCGGAUGCUGCGAUGCAGGCACCCGCGUGGGAGACAGCGCCAAGGACAGAAGGCGCGAGGGAGGCUGCAGCCAACAAACUCACAGCUGGAGGGAAGCAGGAGGGACUCCCACGACCCACGCAAGCACGGUCCCUUUCCCCUUGCGUCUCCCUCUGUUCCUCGUGGUCGCCUCGCUCGCCUCGCUCUCCGUCCCCCCUCGCUUCGUCGCCUCGCCCCUCGGACGCGUCCCGCAGCGGUUCGCAUGUGUGGCGAAGCCAUCGGGGGUGUUCGUGGACGGCUUCGCGCGAAACGGAGGCGUGCAGUAACGGAGAUGCAGAUAGAAGCCACACGGAGCACAUGCUGAGUGCCGUGUUGCACUUCUUGCCGACGCUUCCGCUCCCGCCUCCGGGACUCGACCGCCGUCGCCCGCCCGUCGCCUUCCCACGUGUACGUACACCGCAGGGUCUCCCGGCUGGACUCCGCGCCGUCGCGGGGACAGAUGGGCUGUCAAGCAGAAAAUGCGGCGAAUCAGCGAGAGACGCCGAGUGGAACUGUUCGGAGCCCGAUGGCCGACCCGAAGACGACGAGUUUUUCUCGGGUCGGGAAGAUGACGACGCCAGCUCGGUGUGCUCGUCGCACGUUUCGCCUCCACCAGGGCGCUUUCCGGCCUCAAUUCCCGCCGACGACACGUCCCUGGCUUUGGUGGGGGUUCCUGAUGAAAGAGACGCGCAGUUGCUGAACCAUUUUCUGCUCUUGUUCGCGGCGCUGUCUCGCCCAGCCGACGUGCCUCGUUCCCCUGCCCCGCCCCGCCAGUCUUCGCUCCUCGCGCUGCAAGACAUGCCGAGCAGAGACGGUUUUUCUCUUCAGGCAAACAGGCGAGAAGGCGAGCGGCUGCCUCCCCCCGUCCUCGUCCUUCCCGUGCGCCGGGACGACGACGAAGACGCCCAGCGACGCCUCUCGUUCUUUUCAGUCCCCGACGAUGCGUCGCCGACCUCGCGCGGAGGCGCUGCGCCAGGCCUGGGGGCUUGCGAACCGGAACGGAAGGACGACUUCGUCAGAGGGCGGCGCGUCUCCAAUGCGCUUCUGGACGAGUCGGAAGCCGGUGACGCCGAACAGUUCACAGGCACACGCAGGGGAGGCUCGGAUGCCGCAGCCCGGCAGCCUGCGCGGCGUAUCGGUCUCUUCGCUGUCGACAUUUCCUGCCUCGCCCUGCCGUCGUCUUCCUCUGCUUUGGCGUCUUCCUCUGCUUUGGCGUCUUCCUUCGCCUCGUCAUCUCCCCUUCCCUCGUCUUCUUCCUCUUCUUUCUCCUCUUUCUCGCCUUUCUCUGCCGUCUCGUCUUCGACACCACGUGUGCGCACUGGGGCAUUCGCCGUUCUCUCCAACACCGGCAAGGCUGUGCCGCUCGCGCCACGGGAAGACGGGCGAGGGGCGAAGCCGCCCCGAGAGGCCGAAGGCGAGCGGGGAGAGGGCGACGACGUUGAGAGCGAGUGCUCCUCGUUUUGCGACUUCCUCAGCCUGCCCGAUGAGGACGGUGAGGCGGAGACAGAGGACCCGGUGCUUUCGGGAAAAGUGCUGGAUGAAAUCCAAGACGAGGUCGGACGGUUCUGGUCACAGAGGGAUCGUGACGAUGAAGGCCAAAGCGAGGGGAGCGAGGCCAGCGAGGCGUCGGGCGAACAGAGCGACUGCGCAAAAACAAUCAAAGAGAAGUCGAAGGCAGAGCGGGCGUGCGAGAACCUCGCACGCACUCUCGCAGUGACGUGCGCCACCGCGGGGCUCGACUCGGUGUGCAUCUGUCUCACAGACCGGGGCCGCGGCGUUCCUCUUGGAUGCCACACACUCUCUCUCUUGGAUUUGCCGCGGCUCCCCUCCCUCCUCGCUCGGUGGCGGCAGCAACUCAUGGCCCCCAUGCGGUCUCUUCCAUCCCACGCUUCUCCAUCUUCUCCUUCUCCGUCCUCUCCGUCCUCUUCGCCAUCUGCAGCUUCGGACUCUCCACCUUCUCUUCUGCCUCCGACUUCGCCUUCGAUUGCUUCGCCGCUGUCAUCGAUCGAUUCGCAGCCGCACUUUUCCCUCUCGCUGCAGGCAAGAGUGGGAAUCAGCGACGCGACUCAGAAUAGUGUCGCGCGUCCUGGUGUCCCCCCGCCCGCUCGAAGGCCUCCCUCGUGCUUCGCGUCUCCUUCGGAUGCAUCACGUGCUUGCGCGGCAAGGCUUGAGGCCGCCUACGCGGCAGACCAGGAGCAGACAGCGACGGCGUCUCUUCCGCUGGGCGCGCGUUCCGUCCCCAGAAGAGCGCGAAGACAAGCGGACGAGGAGACACGCGAGGCCUCUGCGAGAAGCCUGCACAGGUGGAGUCUGACGAGAGAGCAGGGUGGGGAUCCAGGUCACGAAAGCGAGGACGGGGAUGCAGAGACGCUGAGUGAGAGGCGAGAACGCGAGAAACGGGAGAGUGGAGAGGAGGGAGACGAGAGGACAAAGUGCAAAAAGAACCAGCGAACAAGAAGGAAACGGAGAUAG